UUACAACAAUAUCUCAAACACAAGAAAUACCGAGUGAUCAGUUGCUGAGUUGAAAUCAUGGGUGUUUUCAGUUUCGAAUCGGAGACCGUUGUGGCAGUCGCUCCGGCCAGGUUGUUCAAGGCCUAUGUCCUUGAUGGUGUCAAUUUCUUCCCAAAGGUUAUUCCUGGCAUGAAAAUUGAAAUCCUUGAAGGCGAUGGUGGUGCUGGAACCGUCAAGAACAUUACUUUCGCUGUCCCCCAUAAUACUCAUGUAAAGCACAGGAUAGAUUUGGUAGACAAAGAGAGCUUGGUGUACAAUUACAGCAUAAUAGAAGGCCAUGUUUUGGGAGAAGACACUGAGAAACUUGAAUUCAAGAGCAAGAUUGUGCCGUCUCCUGAUGGAGGAUCCAUCUGGAAGUCCACUGCCACUUACUACACCAAGGGUGAUGCUGUGAUCACUGAAGAGAAACACAAGGCUGCAGAAGAGAGAGGCAAGGGAUUAUACAAGGCCAUUGAAGCUUAUCUCUUGAACAACCCUAAUGAAUACAAUUGAUUAUUUAUACAUAUAUUUCUACUAUGUAUGCUUGCUUGGUUAUGGCCUAAGGGCUAAGGGUGUGGUUCUUAUCAUCCUCAAAUAAAAUGUUUGAAUAAACGAAUUGCGAGACAAAAUUCUGAAAAAAGAAGUUAGUAAUGUAUGAUCAAUUUUCUUU